ACGAAUUGACUGGCAUGAGUUCGAAGUCGUCCUCAAUCAACACCUCUCCCUCAACGUCGCCACUUCUCACAAGUCAAUCCGAUCCUGGUUAUUUCCUGGUCAAGUCGUCCGCCUCGCCACAUUUUACUGAUAGCAAACUCACUUCUACGACAAAGUCAUCCCAGUCGAUACGAUCCGUUCAACGACUGCUGAUGCCGGAUGUCACACCGCCUCAGGAUGCAUUUCAUCUCGAGAGACAGCGAUGCGCCAGGCGGCGGAUCAAGUCUUUCGUCUUCGAAGACGUUCACCUCGACUGGAAAGCUGCACCUACCCUUUACGAGGAUCAUCCAUUCGAGCACAAAGUGCUUGAGAUGCAUCUCCAUUUGCGAUGCAACGCAUCACGCUCCUACCUCUACCAGGUCCGUGAUGACUUGCGGCGGCUUCAGACUCCUAUAUCAGUAUCUACCAACGAGUCCGGCGUGCUCAUUAUCGAUGGCGAGGAAAUAGUCGACAUGAUCGGCUGAUGUCAAAAUACCGCAAUGUCCCUUGAUCUACAUCGGCAGGCUUCAAGCAUGAAUCCCACUGCUUCUGAUCAUCGCGAUGCUUUCUGACAUCCACAAACGGCUCACGUAUGACGUGUGCCUUCAAAUCUCAUACUCGAGAUUGUUUGUACAGUUCAUUCCAAAAGCGAAUCUGCAUUGCUCUGCGAGGCGAGCAAGGCGUCGGUGGCGUGAAGCUGACGGAACGCGAGACGGGCUCGCGAAGAAAUACUACUUGUACAGAACUGGUCCCGAAGACCGGGUAGAUAUAGCUCAUAGCGGUUGAGAGCGCGUUGGAUCUUUUGUUAUACCCUCUGAGCGAUUUAGCGACGGAGUUUUGGACGGCAGCAGCUAGAUAGCGCGCCUUGGUGAAUUAGAUGUAUGUAUAACGAAGACAGCAAAAGUCAACACGAUGUCAUUUUUUUUUUC